AUGGAAAAGGCAAUGAAAAAUCCGCAAGGGUUAGAGAAAUUGAUUAAGGACCCACGAAUUAGAAAACAAAUGGAAGAUGUUUCUAUUAACCAAUAUCGAACAUUUGUUGAGCCUGUAAAUAUAGAAGAAAUUUCUGGCGGUUCAAAUAAUAUUGAAAGUUUUGAGGACAUUUUUCAAGUUAUCAAAAGAUAUAUCAGGACACAUCCUAAUGACUUUUCAUUAGAUGAAUUCGUUUACGACAAAAUUACUGAUGAUGAGUUAAAAGGAAGAAAGAAAAGGCCGGAUGGAAACAGAAGAGGGACAAAAGUAUUUGCUGCGAAGUGCCGAAAAAUAAAGCACAGGUCAGGAAAUUCUAUUCACCCCGCUGCCCUAAAAAGGGAGCAAUAUGAAGAACUAAAAAAACUCUUGCCUGAUGCCACUACUUGCAAAGUUGAGGACUGCUAUAAUGAUUUUGGUUUCGGUCAUGGUUAUGAUGGUCCGCCAGGAGUGUCAGGAAAUGAAAUAAGAGGCGGCAUUUACCUAACUUUUAAAAUUGCUAGUAUAGUUAGAGGUUAUGGCGUAGGAAAUAAAAUAGUUAUUCGCGAUGUCCUUUUUGGACCUAAUAAAGCCGAAAUAGAUAAUUAUUCCUAUAAUAUCCUAGUUCGAAAUCAUUUCCGAACUAUCGAAAAUCUAACUCCGAAUAAUCCUCUCCAUAUUCACCUCCCAACCCAACAAAAAAAUGAAGAAAUCCAGGCGGAAAAUGAUAGUUUAUCCAUUUUAGCCGCCGAUUUGUUAAUCCUUAUUGAGGAAAAUAAUCAACUGGUUCAAAAAGCCAAAAGCGAAAAAAACUUAACCCUUCUCCCUUUAACCAAUUCCGAUGCAAACCAAAAUCAAGGAGGCGGUUUAUCCUUGGAUAAUAUUAGAACUGCGGCCAUUUUCCAAAUCGAAAGUAAACAAUUUGAUAUGAAAAGUUUAGCAAAUGGUAAAUAUAAAAAUUUUCAGCAAAUUAUCGAAGGGCUUGACACCAAGGAAAAAAUAGAAAAUUACCGAAAUGAAAUUUUAACCGCUAUUAUCCAAGCCAACGAAGGACAAGAAAAUAACAAACCUAAACAAAUUCCUUUGAUUAACCAAGAUGAAAAAGAGAUUAUUAGAACCAGUUCAGUAGGAGAGGCAAAAAAUAAAGCGGUGGAAAAAUUUAAAAAUUUUCUUGCUAAAAUAGGAAUAAAAGAAAACCAAAUAAAUUUUGAAAUUUCAUUAAAAAAUGGGAAAAAGGUAAAAGGGAUAAAAUGGCAAGAACAUUUUGCAAAUUUAAACAGCAAGCAAGAAAUUUUGGAAUACUAUAAAUGCUUAAAAAAAGAAGCGGCUAGGCAUAUUGGCAAGGAUAGAUACCAAGACGAGGAAAAUAAAUCCCCGGAAAACGACUUUCAAAGAUUUUUCACUAAUUUUGAAGAUUUGGUUAAGCGUCUCGGAUGCCGCGGAAUAGACCGCGAUAGAUUACUCCUUAUCAGAAACGAAUUAAUUAAACAAAAGGAACUAACCGGAACAAUUAACCAACUCCGCCGUGAAAGAAAUCAAUUGGAGGGACCCGAAAAUGCCGAAAAGGUAAAACAAGUUAAAAAAAAAAUUGUUACUUCGGAAAAAGAAUUAGAAAGGAUAAACCAACAACUAAAUAAUUUAACCAGUCAACUCCCUAAUCUACCCGCUGGUGAUACUUCUAAUCAAAACAGUAAUCAAGUCAUUGAUAAUACUGAAUACCAACAUAAUAUUCGACAUAACUUAACCCAAGCAGAAAUAAUAAAAAAAUUAGCGUUAAUUGAUGAAGAAAAAAGCAUUCUCCUUUCCGGUAGCAAGUUUGCUGUUUACCAAGGGCUAGGAAGCGAAUUAUUACAUGCUCUUAUUAAUUUCAUGCGUUCAGAAAAUAGCAAAGGUGGUUAUCGUCUAUUCGACACCCCUUAUUUAGUAAAUAUUAAUAAUCUCCAUAAUACCGGACAAUUUCAUAAAUUCCAAGACAGUCUUUAUAAAGUAGAAGAAAGCAAUUUUUAUCUUAUUCCCACCGCCGAAGUAAGUUUAGUUAACCUUUAUCAAAAACAAAUGCUAGCCGAAGCAGAAUUACCUUUGAAAUUAUGUGCUUAUAGUCCUUGUUUCCGAGCCGAAAGAAUGGCCGCCGGUCAAGAAAAUAAGGGUUUAAUUCGCCUCCACCAAUUUCACAAAGUCGAAUUGGUAAAAAUAGUUAGUCCGGAAACUUCUUAUUCCGAACUAGACAAAUUGGUCGCUGAUGCUCGGAAUAUUCUCCACUUAUUAAAAAUCUCUCACCGAGUAAUUGAAAUUUGUCCUGCUGAAUUAGGAUUUAGUGCCGCCAAGCAAUAUGAUAUCGAAGUUUGGUUGCCAACCAGUAAAAAGUGGUUGGAAAUUUCCUCAUGUAGCAAUUGCGAGGAUUUCCAAAGUCGUCGGGCUCAAAUACGAGCAAAAGACAAAGAGGAAAAAAAAUAUUAUCCGCAUACCCUUAAUGGUUCGGCACUGGCUAUUGACCGCUUAAUUAUUGCUUUAUGUGAGUAUUAUUACAACCAAAAAGAAAACAAAUUAGAGAUUCCGGAGAUAUUGGCUAAAUAUUUUUUUAAAAAUUAA